CAUAUGUUUUCACACUUUGAGCACAAUUUGUGACACAAAUAAUCGCUUCAAUUGUCACCGAAAAUGGCCUCAAAAGCAAAGCCGAAGACACAAUCAAACGAAGCAAUAAUCGCCGGCUUUAAUGAAUUACGAGCCGAACAAAGACAAGUGGCCAACAAAGUGGCCGAACUCGAGGCCGACCUCUCCGAACACAAACUAGUGUUGGAAGCGUUGGCCGAGACUAACGGCGACCGCAAGUGUUUCCGAAUGAUUGGCGGCGUUCUCGUCGAGCGAACGGUCGCCGAAGUGUCGCCUUCGCUGCAGAAGAAUAAAGAGAUGAUUUCGCAAAUGAUUGAAACAUUGAAACAACAAAUCGUUACUAAAGGACAACAAAUCACUGAAUAUAUGGACAAAAACCAGAUUCAGAUCCGCUCUCAACCGACGGCACAAUCGUUAGCCGCGUCUGAAUCGGGCGCCGGAGCCGAGGGUUCGGGCGUUUUGGUCGCCAAUAGUUAGAAGUGAAGCCUCUUUUGAAUUGAAUAUUGUUUGUGAGGCCAGAGAGAGAGAGAGAGAG